AUGCGCUCCAUCAAAGUCGCGCUAGUUUUCGUGCUACUCUACGCUCUAACUCUGACCAGCGCUCUGCUGAAAGUAAUAGUUGAUUUCGACCGUUGGGAAACCAUAAAUGGAUCGGACAUCUUUAACAUGGAAUUGUUGCGUGUACGAAAAUUCAACCGAACGGUAUCCGUGCUCAACGGAACUGGGAUAUUGUUGGUUGAUCUCGGAGAUGAGUAUGAGUACGGCGUGAGCUUCGCGCGCAGCGCCCAGGGAAACAACCAGUACAAUGAGUACCCGAUGAAGCUGGCAUCGCGCCCAUUUUGCGAGUUCAUCAGGACUCACUACCGCGACUACCAGCACGUAUUUGUGAACUUCACCAAUCUCCCGUUCAUACCACCGGAAGGGUUGUGUCCCUUUCCGAAAGGCGAAUAUUGGGUGAAGGAUGCGUACAUCGAUUCGUCCGUGAUUCCGAUCGUCGUACCGGAGGGAUUCUGGAGGGCAACCACCGACUUGCGGGUCAAGAAAACGGGUGUGCUCGCUGCACGAGGAGCGAUGUACGUGAAAUUAACGAAAGAAUUGGUUUAA